UCAUAAAAAAAGAUUUUUAUAGAUUUUAAAAUCAGACAGAGAAAGAAACCUCUUUGCUAUUUAAAGUCUCAAAACCACGUCAUUACUAACCAUAUUCUUACCAAUAUAAGCAAUUAUGGAGAAACUUGGUUGUUUCACCUCUUUUCUCUUGUUGCUUCAGUACUAUGUUAUAAGUAGUUCAGCCAUGACCCAAUCAAAUAUCUCCACUGAUCAAUUAGCUCUUCUUUCCCUGAAAUCUAAAAUCAUUUCGGACCCCUUUCACUUCUUGGAUGAAAGUUGGUCUCCAGAUACGUCUCUUUGCCAUUGGGUUGGAGUCACUUGUGGCUCUCGUCACCACAGAGUGAGAUUCUUGAAUCUUUCCAACAUGAAUCUUGCGGGCAUAAUACCCCGUGAACUUGGGAAGCUCACAUUUCUUGUUUCUCUUGACUUGGGAAGCAACAAUUUCCAUGGAAAUUUGCCUCAAGAAAUGGCACACUUGCAUCGGCUUAAGUUUGUUGAUUUAAGCUUCAACAGCUUCAGUGGGGAGGUUCCCUCUUUGUUUGGGUUUUUACACCAACUUCAAGUACUAAACCUUCGAAAUAAUAGUUUCACUGGUUCCAUCCCUUCUUCAUUUUCUAAUGUUUCCACACUUGAGACUUUGAAUCUGAAUUUCAAUUCCAUAGAGGGCCAAAUACCAAAAGUGAUUGGAAACCUUAGAGAAUUAAAGUUGAGGGGUAAUAAUCUAAUAGGCUCUAUACCUCUGUCACUCUUGAAUGCCUCAAGGUUGGAGGCUUUAGAUAUAUCUUAUAAUUCACUUCAAGGAAACAUUCCAGAAGGGAUCGGCAUUCUUCACAACAUGAACUGGUUUGCCAUGCAAUAUAAUCAACUUACGGGUUCUAUACCAUUUACAAUUUUCAAUAUUUCUAGGAUUGAAUUCAUUGCAUUUACUGGCAAUGGCUUAUCAGGAAGUCUUCCCAAUGGUUUAUGCAAUGGUCUCCCAAUACUCAAAGGACUUUAUCUGUCUGAUAACAAGCUUCAGGGUAAUAUGCCUACAAGCUUAUCAAAUUGUUCACAACUUCAAAUUUUGUCUUUAUCAAAAAAUGAGUUUGAUGGACCAAUACAUAGUGAAAUUGGAAGAUUGAGGAACUUGCAGAAAUUGGCUCUCGGAACUAACCAUUUCACUGGGAUAAUUCCACAAGAAAUUGGAAAUCUUGUUAAUUUGGUACAGUUAACCAUGGAGAGAAACCAGAUUACUGGCUCUGUCCCCAUCUCCAUAGUCAACAUCUCAUCGCUGCAAAUUUUGUCACUGGCGCUGAACAAUCUUAGAGGAUUCUUACCGCGGGAGACUGGGAACUUAACCAAGAUGCAACAUCUAGAGAUUAGUGGAAAUAAGCUUAUAGGUGAAAUACCCAAAGAGAUAAGCAAUCUCGUUGAGUUGGAGGAACUGGAUCUUGGGUUUAAUAGUUUUAGUGGUUCGCUUGAUAUGGAGAUCUUCAACAUAUCAGGGCUGAGAAUAAUUAAUCUUUCAUUCAAUAAUCUAUCAGGAAGCUUCCCAUCAAACAUAGAUUCUAUCUUAUCCAACAUUGAACACCUUUAUCUAGACAGCUUAACAAAUCUUGUGGGGACGAUUCCUCAUUCCAUCUCCAAUUGUUCAAAACUUACUAUUCUUGAUCUUGCAGGCAACAAACUCACUGGCUUGAUUCCCAAUUCUCUUGGAUAUUUGACUCAUUUACAGUUACUAAAUUUAGAGGAAAACAAUUUAACCAGUGACUCAUCAUUAAGCUUCCUGACUUCCUUAACCAAUAGCAAAAAUUUAACAUUUCUUGAUAUAUCUCUCAACCCGCUAAUUGGCAUGCUUCCAGUCUCCAUGUGGAACCUUUCCACAUCUCUUAGAAAUUUUAUCGCCAACAGUUGUAAAAUCCAAGGACGAAUUCCAAAUGAAGUUGGGAACUUAAGCAACUUAUUAUUCCUAGAACUUUCUGGAAACAAUUUGGUUGGAUCGAUUUCAACGUCAAUUGGCAACUUGAGAAACCUUCAGCGUUUUGACUUGACCAACAACAAACUUACAGGAUUUAUUGGAGAUCAUAUAUGUAAAUUGCAGCAUUUGGGUGAUAUUUACUUGUCUCAAAAUCAACUUUCAGGAUAUCUUCCUUAUUGUUUAGGGAAUAUUACUUCCCUUAGGGAGAUACAUCUCAGUUCCAAUAAAUUGAGUUCCAAUAUACCACCAAGCUUAGGGAACCUUCAUGAUCUAGUGGUUCUUGACUUAUCAUCAAACAACAUGGUAGGUUCUUUACCUCCAGAAAUUGGAAAUCUAAAGGCUGUAACAAAUAUGGAUCUAUCGAUGAAUCAAUUUUCAAAUAGAAUUCCAAGAGACAUUGGAGGAUUGCAAAAUCUGGCACACCUUUCUUUGAAACACAACAAGUUACAAGGAUCUAUACCGGACUCAAUGAGCAACAUGGUAGGUUUGGAAUUCCUAGACCUUUCUCAUAACAAUAUAUCUGGAAUCAUUCCCAAGUCUUUGGAGAAACUUCAAAACUUGAAAUAUUUCAAUAUUUCUGUCAACAAAUUGUAUGGUGUAAUACCCUCGGGAGGUCCUUUCAAGAACCUCUCGGGUCAGUUUUUCAUCUACAAUGAAGCAUUGUGUGGUUCUUCAAGAUUUAGUGUCCCGCCAUGCCCCACUUCAUCAAAGCACAGAUCAAAUAGGAAAAAAUUGCUAGUUCUUUUUCUUUUGCUGGGAAUUGCACUAGUAGUUGUUCCUAGCACCUUUAUUUUUUUAUGGAUAAGGUAUAGAAAAGGUAAAAGAGCUCCUCAACAAGCUGAUUCAUUGUCUGCCAUAACAAGAGAAAGAAUUUCAUACUAUGAAUUGAUCCAAGCAACUGAUGCGCUUAGCGAGAGUAACCUGAUUGGUUCUGGAAGUUUCGGCUCUGUUUACAAAGGUGUUCUCAGAAGUGGAACUGCCAUUGCAGUUAAAGUGUUCAAUCUGCAACUAGAUGCGGCAUUCAAGAGCUUUGAUAUGGAAUGUGAAGUUCUACGCGGCCUUCGCCAUAGGAAUCUCGUAAAAGUCAUUACUAGCUGUUCCAACCUUUAUUUUAAGGCUUUAGUUCUCGAGUAUAUGCCUAAUGGAAGUCUUGAGAAGUAUUUGUAUUCGCACAACUACUUCCUAGACAUCAGGCAGAGGCUAAGCAUAAUGAUAGAUGUGGCAUGUGCUUUGGAAUAUCUGCACCAUGGGUGCUCGUCGCCUGUGAUCCACUGUGAUCUGAAGCCUAGUAAUGUCUUGCUGGAUGAGGAUAUGGUUGCCCACCUAAGCGACUUUGGCAUUUCAAAACUGCUUGGUGAAGAUGAGAGUGAUUUAUACACUAACACCUUAGCAACUUUGGGUUAUAUUGCGCCAGAGUAUGGACAAGAUGGAUUGGUGUCUACUAAAUGUGAUGUCUAUAGUUAUGGAAUCAUGUUGCUGGAAACGUUUACUAGGAGAAAGCCUAGUGAGUUUGAGGAAGAUCUUAGCUUGAAACAAUGGGUGAGUUAUUCACUUCCUGAUGCAGUAAUAGAUGUUGCAGAUGCCAACUUGGUUCCACCAACAGAUAAUCAUGUAAUGAAGAAGUUGGAUUGUGUGGCAUCAAUCAUGAAAGUAGCAUUAGAUUGCUGUGCUGAAUCUCCAGCAAGACGGACAAACAUGAAAGAUGUUGUAGGGAUGCUACAAAAGAUCAGAAUUCAACUUCUCGCAUGUUGAACAUGCUCUUGGCAACUCUUGUUCCGAAUUACUUGUUUUGUUGAAAAUGUUUGCUAAAUAUUUGUAUUGAUGAGAAGAAUGUAUUUUUUUUUUUUUGGCUAUAAAAGGAAUUUUAUGAAUCACUCCUACACUUCUUUGUUCUCAUGAACUAGCUUGCUGAUGUC